AUGAGAACGCUUCGCGCAAAGUAUUAUAGAGAACGUCAUGCCAAGCCUCGGCGUUUUUCUGCCCUUUGGGGCAAGCUGUAUCAUCUACGAGCUGCUUUAUUUGGCUUCAAAACCCCAACCCCACCAAAUAUAGAAGAAACCGGAGAACCUUCGACAAAUCAGACCAGGCUCGGCUUUUUGGAGGCAUUCCAACGAGUGAAAGAAGUCGCCUUGGAGGAUCAUGGUACAAAUAUCACAUCGGCGGUCAUCUUGUUCCCACGCUUUUUCAGUCGUGAGGUUCAAAAUCUUGUUGUCGAGGCCGCAAGGGAAGUCGGUAUUAUGCCCUUGUUUCAAGAGAGCCCCGAUUGGUUAUUAAGCAGAUUCGAGAAUAUACUGGAACCAAAUCCCACCAUCGAAAAGGCUGCUCGACCGCAAAAGCUCCUAAUCAUCGAUUAUGGCAUAUGGCACUUCGAUGUUCGUACAUAUGGUAGCCGGUGCAAACUGAACUACCCAAUUGACUCAAUGGGCUCUGCGAAGAUUAUCUUCAAACUUGCCAACAGACUAAAAUCAACCAACAUGGACAUCCAGCAACAGCUCGCCCAAGGGGCGUCAUUUGAUACUCUGGUUAAGGCAGUUCAUCAAUCACGCUGGCUGAUGAAGAUGGAUAUUGGUGUGGAUCUGUCGGAUGAGGAAGCGUCUAAAAAAGAAGUGCCCGAAAAAUGGCCUCUUGAUCUAGAUGAUUGGUGGAUUGGGCAGAAGAAGGAGUCUUUCAUCUACUGGGACGAUAUGAGGUCGGUUGAGGCUGAGUACGUCAGCGAGCUGGCAGAAACAUUGGAUGACCUCCACAAUUGCCUCAAGGGUAAGAAAAGAAAUCCUGUUAUUCUUGAAAUUGCUUGGUGCAUGCCGUUUUUUGGGUCAACUAAAUAA